UUUUACCUCAUAUUAUAUUCUUAUUUCUUUCAGAUUACAGUGCAGGUAAACUCUUGUUUUCAUUUUAUGAAAGUCUUGGUACUUUUUUACCAGUUUUUUACGCCCUUCUGAUGUUUAACCUCACGGCUGCGUCGAUGCACCAUAGAGUUCUCCGGCUCCGGCUGUAUGAUGUUCCUGCUACGAGAAGGCUGUUAUCGGUUAGAAGGUGUGGCAGCAACACAAAGGUUAGUCUGGAUGAGAAGGAUCUUCCAGCAAAAUGGUACAACAUUACCGCAGAUUUGCCGCAGCCGCCGCCGCCUCCUCUGGAUCCUAGAAGCUUGGAGCCGUUGAAAGCAGAGGGCAUGGGGGCUUUAUUUCCCCAAGAACUUAUUCGCCAGGAGAUGUCCAGCGAUCGCUACAUUGGCAUUCCAGACGAGGUCCUCGCGGUGUACAAGCUGUGGAGGCCAACGCCUCUCUUCAGGGCCAAGCGACUAGAACGGUUGCUAGAAACUCCUGCAAGGAUAUACUACAAGUACGAGGGUGUGAGUCCAGCGGGAUCACACAAGCCGAACACGGCCGUCCCACAGGCGUUUUACAAUGCCAAGGAAGGAAUCAAGCGUCUCACCACUGAAACUGGUGCUGGACAGUGGGGAAGCGCUCUGGCUUUUGCUUGCUCAAUCUUCAAUCUCGACUGCGAGGUAUGGCAGGUUCGUGCAUCUUACGACCAGAAGCCACACAGGAAGACGAUGAUGGAGACGUGGGGAGCGAAAGUUUACCCCUCCCCCUCGGCUAUUACAGCCACGGGCCGCAAAAUGCUAGCCGAGGAUCCGAACUGUCCGGGAAGCCUGGGCCUUGCCAUCUCUGAAGCCGUGGAAGUUGCUGUCCAAGACUCGAACACGCACUACGCACUGGGGAGCGUCCUCAAUCACGUCCUUCUCCACCAGACGGUGAUCGGCGAGGAAUGCUUGCUUCAGCUGGCCAAAGCCGGAGAGACCGACGUGGACAUACUCAUCGGUUGCACCGGCGGCGGAUCGAACUUUGGAGGCUUGGCUUUCCCGUUUCUGCGGGAGAAGUUCGCAGGGAAGAUGAAUCCGGUGAUCCGAGCAGUCGAGCCGGCGGCUUGUCCAUCACUCACAAGAGGAGUGUACGCUUACGACUAUGGUGACACUGCCGGGUUUACGCCCCUGAUGAAGAUGCAUACGCUCGGGCACGACUUUAUUCCAGAUCCCAUCCAUGCUGGAGGAUUGAGGUACCAUGGAAUGGCACCGCUGAUAUCACACCUCUACAAUCUUAAGCUCAUGGAGGCCAUAGCUAUACCGCAGAAAGAAUGCUUCCAAGGAGCUCUACAAUUUGCUCGAAGCGAAGGAAUAAUUCCAGCACCUGAGCCAACUCACGCGAUCGCUGCUACGAUCCGUGAAGCGGAGCGAUGCCGAGAGAGUGGCGAGGCCAAAGUGAUUGUCUUGGCACUGUGCGGCCACGGCCACUUUGAUCUCGCCUCGUACGAGAAGUUUCUGAGUGGAGAGAUCGAAGAUCUCGACUAUUCCGACGAGAAAGCCGCGGCAGCGAUGGCCUCCAUUCCCGUUGUCAAGCAGUAAAGGAGAAGCUUGGCAAUGGAUCGGUUAAUCGC